GUUACCGAUAGAAUUUGUUACUAGAAAACAAAAAGAAGUACACUCCUCAUUAUUUGGAUUUCAGAAGAAUACGACUUUAGUGUCAUAUGUUCCUAAGGAGAAUAAGUGCGUUAACCUGUUAUCAACAAUGCAUAAUGAUGGAACAAUAGAUAUUUCAAGUGGUGACGCAAAAAAGCCAGAAAUUAUUACUUUUAAUAAUAUCACAAAAGGUGCAGUAGAUGUGAUGUCGUCGAUGGAAUGUCCGCACCAUAUUCUACUGCAAGAAUAAGCAAGAGAUGGCGUAUGGUUGUAUUUUUUUCAAUUUUGAACACAGCAGCAAUAAAUGCAAGUCUUAUUGCUGUCAACGAAAAAUCCGCCCACUGCAUACAAAAAUAGAAGAGCCUUCUUGAAAGAAAUUGCCAUGGCUCUUACCCAACCCAACCAUACCCAAAAAGCUGAAAGAUAAACUGCAACAUUUUCCUGCAAAAUAAGUAGAGCCGCCACAAAAGUGCAACACCAAAAAAAGGUGCUAUAUUUGUUCUUCCUCAAAAGACAGGAAGACCAAAACAUGUUGUGCCAAAUGCCAGAAGAAUGUAUGCAAUGAACAUUCAAUUACAGUGUGUGAUGUAUGUUCUUAAAAUAACACUGAGUUACUUCAUUAUUGAAUUUCAAGAUGACGUGCAACUCGUACCAAAUGAUUGGCUUAGUGAAGAUAGGCGUACUUGCAAGCUUCCUAAUUAUGAUCCUAUGAAAUAUCAGAAAGCGGUAAGGAUUAAAGAAGGUGCCAGUCUCUCUUGGCCAGAGUAUCCUGUUGUCAGGGUUAUGAGAAAAACUGAUACUUAUGAAAAAGGUCACCGGUUAUUAGUUAGAGCAGAAAACAGGUCUAAAAGAAAAAGGCAAGAAUAUGACGAGGAAGAAAUCUUCUACAUUAGUAGGCAUGCUCUACCAAAGCAGCCUUUGAAAGAACAAUGAAUAAAUAGUGUUGAAAAGUUGAGUGUCGAAAAGUUCAGUCACGAUGUAGAUGUUCAAC